AUGUCCUCUAAUAAUAGUGAUAUCAACUGUUCAAGGGAUAUGCAUGAUGAAGAUAUGAAUAUUGAUGUUACAGAAAAAGAAUGGAUAUUUACAAAUAAAAUUGUAAAUGAACAAAGAGAUCAUACAUCAGAUAUAAAGUUUAAUAAUAAUAAUAUAAACAUUCAUAAUAGUAAUAACAACAAUUAUAAUGAUACAGAGUGUAAUAAGAUUAAUACUGGUAGUAAUAACAAUAAUAAUAGUAGUAGUGUUGAUAACUUAAUUAAUGAUAAUAAUGUUAAUAUAUUAAAUAAUAAAUUAAUUUCUUAUUAUAAUAAUAAUAGUAAUAAUAGUUCUAAUAGUAAUAAUAAUAGUAAUAAUAAUAAAGAUAUAAAAGAAGGCGAGAAAAUGAGGCCAAUUGGUGAAAAUAUUAAUAGUAUUUUAAGGGAUUUGGGUAAUAGUGCCACACUGGAUGAAUGCACUCUUGAUAAAAAUUGUAAUAUUCAUCACGGUAAUAAAAAAGAAUGUAAUAGUAGUAUUAAUGGUUCAGACAAUACAAAUAAUUCAAAUAAUAAUAAUCAAAAUAGUAAUAAUACGAUUUAUAAUAAAAGCAUUGGAAAUGAAUUAAAUGUUCUUCAACAAAUUGCAGAAAAAGAUAAUGAUCAUUAUGAUUAUAGAAAAACAAUUACACCAAUUAUUUCAAUUUCUGGCGAUUUAGAAAAAGAGUUAUCGGAAACUUUCAAGUCAUCAAUUAGUUUAAAAAAGGAUAAAGUAUUCAUAUUCAAAUCAAGAGAUUUUGGUGAAGGUGAAGGUCAAAUACCAAUUUCACUAUCAGCACCAGCUUCACCAGUUACAUCAGAUGAUGAGCUUGUAAGGGGUGAUAUUCACGAUGUCCUUUUUGAUACCAGUACACCGCUAAUAAUGAAAAGAGGUUUGGAAGUUAAUGGUAGAGAAGCAAAUCUUUUAUUCAGAAGCAAAGAAACCGAGAAUCCACCACAAGAUUCACCAACUGUAAUGCCAGAUAGAAUAGAGGUCAGUGACUCAUCUUCAUCAGAUGAAUCACCAUUAACACCAGAUGCUCCAGGUAAAAUGGUCGUUACAGAGAUUAGCGCAUUUGAAAGCCCAGUUACAUGUAAAUUGGUCCAAACCCAAAUCGAAAGAAAACCUUCAUUUAGAAAAAAAUUAAAGUUUAGAAGAAAUUCGCAGCAACUACCAGAAAUUAAUAUAAGCGAAUUGGAAGAACCUUGCCAUAAUAUCAUUGAAGAGGGUAAACAUUUAUCUGAACAGGCAAACAAAUCAAUGAAGGUUAUAUCCGAGCUUUUAAAUAAAUUGUUCCUUAAAAAGAAAUAUAGUAAAAUCGAUUUAUUUAUGGGAUUGGUAUUAUUAAAUAGUUAUUACAAAGAAAUUGUAAUUAGAAACUGGGAUUGUAUGUCAAAUAAGGAGCAGUUAGAGGAGGGUUUACGUUACAUUAGAUUUAGUACUGCUGCUUAUGGUAGAAAGUUAUAUUACGGUUUAAUGAGUUCAGGAUUCAUUAAGUUUUUAAAAGGUGUAGUUGGAACCGAUUCCACAAAUUUAAAAAUUAUUUCAAAGCAUACAGGUGUGAAGAAAGAAGAUAUUAUUACAUCAAAAUGGUUUAGUUCCAAAUACAGUCCAGGCCACUAUUUAGCAUUAGACCACGAAAAGAAAUCAUUGGUAUUUGUUUUAAGAGGUACUUUUAAUUAUUUUGAUGUAAUUACCGAUUUAGUUGCAAAGUCAUAUCUCUAUAUGGAUGGGUGUGCUCAUUUAGGUAUCUUGUUAUGUGCUCAUAUGAAGAUGAAAGAGAUGUAUGUGCUAAUUAGAAAAACACUGGAUAUUUACAAAGGUUAUAGAUUGGUAGUUACAGGCCAUAGUCUCGGUGCUGGUGUCGCUUCUUUAUUCACAAUUCUUUUCCAUGACAUGCAUCCAGAAAUCCCAAUUCACUGUUUUGCUUAUGGCGUACCAUGUAUAUUAUCAUUAGAAGUCGCUUCACACCCAAAAAUUAAAUCAUUAAUUACAACAUAUUGUAUGAACGAUGAUAUUAUUCCAAGACUAUCAUUCAACUCUUUAUUCUACCUUAGAGAGGUUAUAGAUUCAAUCUUACUCCAAAGCAAAACCAAAAUUCAAAAAGUAUUUCAAAUUGUUUCAUCAGGUAAUAAUUUGGGUCAAAAAAUGACUAAGCGAUUUAGUAAAAUUUUAAAAGUUGCACCAACUAUUGAUUUAACGAAUGUUUCACACUCACCAUCUGACGAGCAAUCACUUUUCCCACCGGGUAAUAUUUUCCGUUUAGUAAAGUUGUCAAAGGGUAUCUAUGUUGCAGAAGCAACCGAUCAAAAAUCUUACGAUAAAAUUAUUGUUUCAAAUUCAAUGUUUACAGACCAUAUGCCAAAUAAAUAUGAAAAGGGUAUUACAUCUGCUUUGGAAAAUAUUAAUAAAGAGGAGUAUACAAGAAAACCAUUAAAUCACUAUAUUGACCCAGAGACCAACAAAGAAGGCAAAGAGUCUAUAGGUGAUUUAUUAGAAAAAGAAUCCUUUGAAAAAAACCAACAAUCAUCUCCAUCUCAAUCAACACCAGAAAUAUCAUUACAAAAAACAGGUGACAUUGCAACAUCAUCAGGUGAAACACCAGGAACACCAUAUAAUUUAAUUAAUAUUAUUCCAUCAUCAUUGGGUGCUUCGGUAAACAGAGAUGAAGAGAAAAAAGAUACUCAUAAAGAUAAACAAAAGAAUAAAAAGAGCCAUAAAUCAAAAGAAAAAGCAAUUGAAGAAAAAGAAGAAAAAACUAAAAAAUAA